AGAGAAAGCAAGAAAGAAGUACAAAGAAAUGGAGAUUCCAAGAUGGUCGUAUUUCUUGUUUUGGGCCACUAUUGGCGUUGUCUUCUCAAGACUAGGGUUUAAUGCUUUAGAUAAAACAGAGCUCUCGAACGCCGUCCCCCCGCCGGUUCUCUCUUUCUUCAAGCACUCUCUUGCUAUCUCUACCGCCUAUUCAUCCAUCCAUGCUUUCCUAUUUUCUCCACCGCGGAAGCCCAUCAACAAAUGGAUCCUGUUAUAUGCUGUCAUAAUCUGGAUCGUUAUCUAUUACCCUGUCUCCACUCAGGAAGGUCCUGACCACAAAACCGCAUUGAUAGCUCACUUGGCUGUCGGAUCAUCAAUGCUAUUAGUCGGCGACAGGAAAAAGUUCCUCCCCUGUGCCGUUUCCAGCAUUGCGCUUCUCAUAUCUGUCCCGUGCUUGGCUAUGUCCGAGAACGAAACCUUUCAUAAACUGAUGCGGUUGGUCGCCAGGGCGAACACCGUUGUGUUGAGUUUGAAGGAGAAGAGCGGGAAAUUGACUGAAUUUGCAGUUGGAAUGGUGGGCACGAUUCUUUUCCAGAACUUCUUCAGGUUAACCUCGUUCAAUCAUGUCGUCGCGUUCCUUUACUUUGCAGUGGGCUGGCUUGCCAAUCUUGCACUGCUUCGGCCCUCUGAUGACCUGGGGAUCUUCAAUUUUUUGCUGAGCAAUGUGGUUGUGGGGUGCACGGUGAGUCAGUUCGGGCUCCGGCCUACAACUUGGCUUGUGUAUGGUGGUUCUAUUCUCCUCUUCGGUUUGCGUCUCAAGAUCCAGGCGCUGACCCUCGUUGAUAAUGGUGAAGAAGAUCAAGUUAUUGUGUUGUAAAGUUGAAGUUUCUAGUUAUGUUC